AAGAAAUCGGGGCUCUGCUGCUUUUCCCUGAUACUGAGUUCAGGAAAAUAAAUCAAACCAAGCUCAGACAGCGGUGAUAGUUUGUGGAGUAGUCAUGUUUCGCAAUCAGUACGACAAUGAUGUGACAGUAUGGAGCCCACAGGGCCGCAUCCACCAGAUUGAGUAUGCCAUGGAGGCUGUGAAACAAGGGUCUGCAACUGUAGGACUCAAAUCCAGAACCCAUGCAGUCCUGGUUGCUCUAAAGAGAGCCCAGUCUGAACUGGCUGCACACCAGAAGAAGAUCCUCCAUGUUGACAACCACAUCGGUAUCUCCAUUGCUGGACUGACUGCGGAUGCCAGACUGCUCUGUAACUUCAUGCGUCAGGAAUGCUUGGACUCGAGAUACGUCUUUGACAGGCCCCUCCCCACAUCACGUCUCGUCUCUCUCGUUGGUAGCAAAACCCAAAUUCCAACACAAAGGUAUGGACGGAGGCCCUAUGGUGUUGGACUCCUCAUUGCUGGCUAUGAUGACAUGGGACCUCACAUCUUCCAGACCUGUCCGUCAGCAAACUACUUUGACUGCAAAGCUAUGUCCAUUGGUGCACGAUCUCAGUCUGCACGCACCUACCUGGAGAGGUGCAUGGACAAGUUUGCUGACUGUAAUCUGAAUGAUCUAGUUCAGCAUGGCCUACGUGCUCUGAGAGAAACUCUCCCCACUGAGCAGGAUCUCACUACCAAGAACGUUUCAAUUGGCAUCGUGGGAGAGAACAUGGAAUUCACCAUUUAUGAUGAUGAUGAUGUUGCUCCCUUCCUGGAGGGGCUAGAGGAGAGGCCACAGCGAAAGGUUGCUCAGCCUGCAGAUGAAGCUGCCCCUGCCGCGGCAACUGAUGAGCCAAUGGAGCACUGAAGAGCAAAAACACAGUCCAGCCUCACAGAGCGUUGUGAUGUGCCACUCUCCCAGCUGAUACAAUGUUGCUUUUCUAUGGGUAAUGUGUACCAUUAUACAAUAAACUGGUUUUGUUUUGAA